AUGCCGUUCACUACGACGGAUUUCCAGUUGUACGUAGCUCAAGCCAUUAAGCGAGUGUUGGGUACAUGUGGUCCUCAAGUACAGGUUGAUGACUUCGACGAGACAACCCGUAAAGGGAGUGUCAUAGUGCCCGGUGAGGAUGCUCAGCUUGUAUGGGCUUCGUUGACUAUCAGCGGACAAAACGACGAGUCAAAGGCAUUACUGGAUGACAUGACAUCUUUAUGGGUAGCACUUGUUCCAAUCGGUGUAGUCCUUCUUGGUCUAGUGCUCCUGCUCGUGCUGUACUUCUCGAUUCCAUCUCGGAAAGGCUUUUCGCUCAAGAAGAAGCAUGCUGUUGUUACAGUUCGUCUUUCUGAAACUGAACUUGGUCCAGUUGAUGUGCUGAUCAACAAUGUAGGGACGAGCGUUCAGGGGGCAUUCGAUGAACUUCCAAUUUCCUCGUUUGAAGAACAGAUGAGGAUCAACUACCUUAGUGCUGUGUACGCUACUCGCUGUAUAGUGGGUGGAAUGAAGUUACGACGUUCAGGGCAUAUUUCCUUCGUGUCUUCGGCAGCAGGUCAGUGCGCAAUUUGGGGAUACACGGCGUACGCACCUACAAAGUUCGCUAUAAGAGGAUUUGCUGACGCUUUACAAAUGGAGCUUUCUCCAUACAAUAUUAAUGUUUCUGUGCUCUAUCCUCCAAAUACGGAUACAGAAGGAUUCAAGGUAGAAAUGGCAACGAUGCCUGAAGAGGUGCGUUUGAUAAGUGGAACCGCUGGCUUUUUCAGUCCACAGCAUGUUGCUAAGGCGCAUGUACAAGACAUAGAAGACGGACAAUACGCAACAGCGGUAGGCCUGGAUGGGUGGAUGUUAUGUGAGACUUUGUAUUACUUAUAUCUACUCCUUUACAGAUGCGUAUGUUCGAGACAACAAAAAAAAGGAAAACCGGCAUUUUUUUAUUCUGUACCAGUGAACGAUGUGUGUUUGUGUUUGGGUGAAUGA